AUGAAGAUGGAGGUCGUGUGUAGUAAUUGAAACAACACAAGCCUGAGUACUAAUUAUAAGACCAUUAAACCUUUUAUACUUAUACGUGUAAUCAGGCCUAUACUAAAUGGCGCUUUUGUAAACAAAUAAAUUCACUCACGUAACUCUUUAUUCUGAGUUUUAAUGACAUUGGCCAAAUAAAAAUGGCAAAUCCAACAACUUCUAAAUUUCCUGCACUUUCUGGUAAACCAGCUUAUGAGGGAAAAUUCAUUGACAGGACACCUCAAUGUGUGGCUGCUGGAAAGCUAAAUUAUUUUGGAGAUUCUUCUGAUCAAUGUUUACGUGUAAAGGAUACCAGGCCUCCAUCUCCAGAAGUAAUUAGAAAAUUUCGAGCUACAGUCCGCCCUGAUGCUGGACAGAUGCGAGUGUUCUAUGGCACUGCUUAUGAUCCCCACAGACAAUGGGCUGUAGAAAUGACACAUGGAGUUAACACACACCCAUCAAGCAGUGCCAAGGAAGUGGUCAAUCCGGAUCCCAAAAGCUUCUUCACUCAAAGGAUUCUUGACAGACAAGAGAGUGACUAUCUCAGCCAUAAAAAAGCCCCACUUGGGAGAUCAUACGAUCAGCGAAAAAAUUUACCUAACAACAUUGACCCCAGUAGUUUCACCUUUGGCAUUCCAACAGAAAUGGAGAUUGGAGCAGGGGGUCUUAUAAACCCACCAAAAAAUUACGAGCAAGUUUUUCAAGAGGCCUCACAGGGACAUGAUCUCUAUGUGAAGUCUCAUGCAGACUACUACCCCUUGGAACGUGUCAAUCGCAGCUACAGCAGCCCAAACUUUCACCCUCAGAAGAAAUACGGUUUGCCUACUCCGCACUGCAAUGACGGCAGAUUGACGAAACACACCCUUGAGUGGAUCCAUGAGACACAGGCAGACCAGGCCACAAAAAUCAUCAACAAGAGGUUAGAUGACUUCAGGGAGAAGUUCCAGCCACAGCUGGGGAAGGUUCACGACCCAAUAAAAGACACACUGAACGUCCCCCCUGACCACACUUUUGGAGCCUUGCAUAAGCCUGACCCCUAUGGAGCAGGGGACUUAAUUCAUAAUCGUAAGGUAGACAACCUACUCAGGGGGAAGGAGAACCAGAGAGCUCUUGUUGCCGCAAUAAGACAACAGCUGAAAAAAAUAAACUACCACCACUUCAACAAUCUUCUAGAAGCUUUUAGGUUUUAUGAUCAGAAUGGUAAAGGGAAAAUAACUCUGUCAAACCUGCACAAUGUGUGUGUAAAGUACAGACUGCCAGUAGACCAUGAUAUGUUGGGGAAGGUGCUGGACUAUUGUGAUGUUGAUGGGGAUGGAAUGAUCAGCUACAUAGAAUUUUGUAAUUUUCUCAACUGGAAGGAAAAAAUGCCAUCAGGCUUGGAUGAUUUGGGCCCGCCCCCACCGCUGAUGUUUGGAGCCGACUACCUGAGGAAUCCAAACCCACCUGAAAAACUCAUCAACGAGUCAGACCUGGUCCAGAAGACACCACAGACAAGUGAAGUUACAGCCCGCACUUUGCCCAGGCAGAUUGACUACAAUGUUGGUAACCAUAGCACCAGUAAUGCCAUGUACAACGCAGUCAUCGGCCCAGGUGGGAUUAGUUCAAAAAGUUUUCGAACAUACGGGGUGCCAAGUGUACGCUCUGACCUGCGUGCCCCCAAAGUGAAGAGGAUUGCUGAUCGAAUCAACUACGGGGAUGAAGCCUAUGUGUACGGCUUGAUGUACCCCUCUCUUUUCAGUCAGCACAGUGUUUAUGAGAGAGAUUUACUUCAACCAAGAACUCUUGAAGAGAUUCGCUCCAUCUUCACAAAUAUUGGUGUGAGAUUGACAGGAGAGGAGUUGGAUAAAGUUUACAAAAUGGCCUCCCAGACUCACCCCAAAGGUCAUGUCAGUGUGGAAUCUUUCAGGAAUAUUCUAGAUGAGAUCCAGGUUAGGCAGAUUCGUGCUGGCAUACAUCCUGUUUCAUUAGGGGAGGCGCAGUAAGCUUCUUCAAGAACCGAAAAAUAUCUUUCUUCAGAAAAAUAAUUUUCAAUUGCGAAUGUUUUUCCUUAUAUAAUUCAGCACCAGCAAUGGUAAGCUAUUCUUAAAUGUUUUAAAAGUACACAAUUAAGAGAUUUUAAAAUUCUUUCAUCUAUGUGAAUAAAUGCAUAUUCUGUUGGUAAUGUAUUACAGCCCUGUUAAUAUAAGGGAAAAUAAAAAAAUUUGGUUGUAAGAUCUUUACAGUAUUUUUGACCUGAGAUACCAUGAUUCACAAAAAAAUUUCAACUCUGAAUCAUCUGUUCCAGCUUAAGAGGUCUUAAAUAAAUAAGAUGAUAUAACUGAUUUUUUAAUCAUAUGCUUACACUGUUUUCUAAGUUUACAAAUUGAAUUGCUUAGCUUCAUUAAGCUUAGUUAAAUCAUUUUAUUGAUUCAGCACAGCAUUAUUAUGAUUAGAUAUUAAAUUGCAUGUCAGCAUUAAACAUUUUACAUGAUGUUAAUUACAGUAUUAAUUGUCCAAUUAUUUUAAAACUCACAAGUGUCUUAUAACACUGAGCAUUUUACUGCACAAUUUUCAAAUUAUCACUAUUUAUACUUAGUUUUAAUUGUUUUUGAAUUAUAAAAUAAUUCUUAUGAAUGUUGGUUUUCCACCCACUUUGUCAUAUUUUAACUAAAGUUUAUAUGAAAAGAUAAACAGUUUUCAACUACAGUAUUAAAUAAUUUAUAGCAGACUGUUAUUGUUCUUGCCAUUUUGAAAUAAAUUAAAACAGUCCAUAUAUUAUGUUUUGCCCUUAAAUAAAACAAGCUUUGUGACUCAGAUUACUAGUAUUGUCAGUAGAAAAAUAUCAAAGUAAUACAUGAAUAGCUUUUUAACAGUUUAAAAAAAAAAUCACCCCUUGUUAAUGCUUUGAGUUUUUUGUACAUAAUAUUUUAGAACAACUAAUAUUUUAGAAGCCCAUUUCACUUGAUAUUAAAUAAAAGUAAAAAUGUAAAAAUGCACUUACAGAUAUUGAUUACAACAGUAUUUUGUGUCUCAAUCAAGUUUUUUUUACAAAUAGUAUUACUGUCUCAGUAUUUUUGUGGUAUCAUAAACCCUGAUGGUAAAUAUCAGUAUUGAUCCUGUUAAUAAUCAAUAUGGCAUAAAAUGAUCAUAAAAACUAGCCUUUUUUAUAUAAUGCCUUUUGAUAUGCACUUAAUAGUUUUAAUUUAUUAUAUUACUGGUUUCAGUGAAAUUGAAAGCCAUUGUAAAACUAUAAGGCUAAAAACCAGUUACAAUUAGUAGUUAGGUUGAGUAACAUUUUUUUUACAUAUUGUGUGUUUGAAUGAGAUGUGUUUCUUAGAUUUCAUUUAAUAAAAUACAUAUUCAACUGAUUUCAUUUAUCAUCAUAAGCCUUCAAUUCUUUUCACUGUAUUAUAAAGCCUUUACUACAAAUUUUUACAAACACAAGCCUUGAUUUAUUAUUUUAUUUUUACAUGCAAACUGUGAUAAGUAAUAGAAUGUUUAUUAAUCUUUACAUUUUAUUGUGUAUAUGCCAUGUAUUAAUUGCCUUUUUUAAAUUGUGUGUUAACUUUGGGUUUCCAUUGAAAAAGAUUUUGCGUCUCAAAACUUUGAAGUUGAUUUAAUCCAGUGUUUAAAUUUUACUUUAAUCCUAUCCUGCUUGCAGAUUUAAAAGUGAACAUGUGCCAUAAACUGCACAUUUUUUCUCAGAAAUUAAAAUGGAUGCAUUCGAUACAUUAAAUUGUUCAACUAUGAGUACAUCCAUAUUUUUAUCCAUUGAUUAAAUUCUACUGCUCAUUAGAAGCUGCCCUAUGAUUUAAUUAGGCCCUAUUAUAAGCCAACUUUAUUCAUAUUUUUUUUCAAAAAAGUGCCAUUAAAACAAUGUAUAAAUGAUAUUAAUCUAGAAAUUGUUUUUUUAACAACAAGUAUAAGUAGGUUUAUACAUGCUGAAUUUUUUUUUAUGAUUCUUCAAAAUAACAUGUUUAUAACACAAAGUAAAAUGUUCAACAAAUGUUAGAGUUUUUUUUAGCUUUUUACCACUUGAGGAUUUUUUAAUUUAUUCUUUACAUUUUGUUCAAAAAGUGAAUUUUUAAACAAUGUUAAUCAAGGAAAAAGUCAUUAAAACUUAAUCUCUUUAUCAAACAUAAAAUGGUUUUGAAAAAUUUCCAAGGGAGGUUUUAUGUAAAGUGCUGAGAAUUUCCUUCAUCUUCAACAAAUGUUUGAAUUUCAAUAAAUAAAAGUAAUACAAAAUCUAAUAGUUUUGUUUUUAUCAUAAGUCUAUAUUAGUGUCU